GCCCACUUUUAUGACGACACAUCACUCAUGGUCUUGCACCUGCGAUGCCCAAGUUACCACAACUUCACAGUGCGACAAGUACGUCGUAGCCCGCACCAAGAUUAACAGACAUUACUGUACUUCCAUAACUAGUGCUGCAACGAAAUGAACUUCAGCUUAAUUACUAUCUUAUGCUAAAAGGAAACAAGCCGCUUUGGAUACCGACUGUGAAGUUGUUCCGGAGUGCAAAGUUGACCGAGACGAAACAGCGACGGCGGAGACUUUUAACCAGUCAAACUGCAUCUAUACAUUAUCAGCUAUUUCACCAGUGCGCUGUAUGACUGUUAGGACCCAGAGCUAGCAAGCCCCGUCGGCAAUCAGCUAGAGUCGCGCCUCACAGCGCUCCGCCGUUUGGGUGGAGCUCAGAAAAUGACCCAAGACUGCAGACGGAGACCAGCAAUGCUACUGGGCCCCGGUCAUCAUGUUUUCUUGGGCAAUCAUUCGUCUCAUUGUGUGAGCCUCUACGGCGCGACCGACCGGCGGUCGCGCCCCACGCCUUCCGUGUGCAACGAGGCUGACAGCCGAGACCCCUGCACAAAAUAUCACAUAUUCUCCAAGCUUCCAACCGAGGUUUGGCUCCUCAUCCUGGCUUGGGCUGGUCUCCGGUCAUCGGCAGUCGCUGCGUCCUGCUGUUCGUCUUUUCGCGCCCUUCAUCGCACCAUCACAGCUACACCAGAAUACCUAACACGUGCGCUAUUAGCCGACUACGGUCCCAGCGGCGCUCCAGCUCACAUCUACAUCAACCCAUCUCAGCAUGCCGUGCGCCAUGCUGUAAGCACCGACCACGCCGUCACGACCGCAAUCCAAGAACUGCUACUACUAUCCGGCAGCACCCAUGCCGCAACAGCCUUGUCAACCGUCACCAGUCUGUCCGAAUCCCUCCUACCCAGCAUCUUCAAUUCCAAUGCCAACUCCAACUUGGUCUUCAAAGCCAGCAUCGCCGCUUCCAGGACCAUCUUCCGGCCACACGCCUGCAACCUUUUGCAAGCAGCUGCGGCGGCAGGGCAUCUCCGUGUUGUCGCGGCCGCAUUGUGCCUCGGAGCUCGUCCUCAUGAAGGCGCGUUGGUUGCUGCGAGUCGAUUCGGUCGCUGUCCCGUGAUUCAACUUCUUCUAGCAGCGGGAGCCGAUCCUGAUGCUGCAGAGCCUUUCGGGCCAUGUGCUCUGCUGGAGGCAUCGCGCAACGGUCACCACGAGGCCGUGCAGCUGCUUCUGGACGCGGGGGCCAAAGUGGAGGGAGUCGACGCGUCGUCCACACCGCGUGUGGGCCGAGCAGGAGGAGGAAGCGGUGGCAGUCAUCAGGCCGCAGCUGCCCCCCAGCAGCUGCUGCCGCUGCCGUCAACUCCGGCGGCAGGAGCUGGGCCCCUGCAGCAACAGCAGCAGCAGCCCGCCACUCAUCAACACCAUCUGCCGCCCAGCCCCUUCAUCUGGCCGUGGACUGAUUUCGGCUCAGUUAGCGUCGGCGGAAGCGCUGCAGCUGCAGCUGCAGCUGGCGGCGCUGGUGAGUUGGGAGGAAGAAGUGAGGGGGCUGGAACGUCGUCCAUGACAGAGGUUGGGCUGUCGAAUGCUGCACGCGACAUUCCGCAGCAGCAGCACCGGCGGCGGCGCAGCAGCAUCACCGACCUGUACGGCGGUUUUAGCGGCUCCUUCCCCAGCGGAUUCUUCUCCCAAGGUGGCGCUGGCGGCAACUACCCAGGAAGCACCGGCGCCUUCGCUCAGCAGGUCCCUGCAGCAAGCGCCCUAUCCCUACCCAUGUCGCAGCUGAACUCCGCGGCGACGCUUCUUGGAAUGUCGCCCUCUGCUGGUGGUGUCAAAGACGAGCCGGUGCCCUGCUCUCCCGCUCACAGCCGGCCUCUUCCGAGCACGCUGCGUACCCUCGGUACUCCGGUUGCUAGUGACCCGCGGGUCAUGUGGAGGCAGCAGCCGCAGCAGCUUAUGUCACCUGCAAUCUCGGCGGCAUCCACGCCUGCCACACGCGGCGCGGCAGGGCCGCCACGUCAGCUGCCAUUGCUGCCGCCGCUGCCGUCUCUGUCCGUCCCACUUCCUCCGCUGCUGCUACCGCCGCCACCGCUUCUUUUGAGUCGUCGCGGCCAACCGGCUAACCGCCAACGCCGAGCCUCCUUGUCAGCAUCCGCAACCACCACAACUCCCCUCAUGGCUGCCUGCGCUGCCGGCCACGCCACAACCGUUGCGACACUCGUCAAACGAGGUGCCCAGAUUGACGUGACCCAUGGGUCGGAGCUCCUCGUCGCCGCGCACCCGCGAGUCGUCGAAUCGCUGCUGAGUGCGGCGCCGUCACUGAGUGCGCAUUUGGGUACGGCGCUGGUGGCGGCGGCCGGAGCGAACCGGCCCGAUGUGGUUUCGGAGCUGCUACGACACGGAGCCGAUCCGAUGUUCGACAAUUGCAUGGCGCUGAGUGAGGCUGCAUACCAGGGUCACCGCACCAUCGCAGAGCUCCUGUUGCAAGCGGCCGGCCCCCGGCUGCGGAACAGCAGCGCCUUGACCGCUGCAGCGGUGCUGGCUCGUCGAUGGGGUCGAACCGAGGUUGCAGCACUGCUGGAGAGCUUCGCGUGAAGAAAGUAAGGGCAAAAAGGUACAUGCCGUGUCACGCGCGCAUUACUGCGCCGCCAUGAUGGCACAACUAACGCUCCUCUUUCGUGAAGAGGCAGCGAGGGCUGGUUGCCUCCUUGCUCGAGAGCUUCACGUGAAGGGAAAAGUGUUCUUGUCUGCCGGGUAGCAGCCGGGUGCAUGGGAGCGAGGCGAGGCGAAACCGUGCGUGCAUCAACGCUCAUCGCUCAUCGCGCACGUGCAAGCACCCAUGGUGCUGCGGAUGCGGCAAGGUUGCAUGCGUGGCUCAGAUGCCGUGCCGUACGAACAACGCAUGCCAUGGUGGCAUGCAUGCUAAGAGAGGUGGGCGCAUGUUUGCUCGGUCAAAAAUGCUGCGCUGGAGAACGCUGGAGAACGCAUGCAAUAUAUAUCAUGAAGGUGGGAAGAGGCAUAUGCAUGCGUGGCGGUGGGAUGUGCGCGUCCAUGCAUGUGCGUAUUGAGGUCUAUGAAAUGGGAGUAUGUGAAGAGCAUGUGUGAGUAUGCUGAUGCUGCUGACGAGGGUUGUGGUUGAAAUAGAUGGUGACUGCACUUCUACGGCAUUACCGGUACGUACGCAUGCUGUACGAAUGUUAAACAUAUUUUUAACGCAUGGCUAUCGUUGGGCUAAGCAUCUCCCAUGCUGCUAAGUUGGGUUGUUUCCCCGAUGGGAAACAGCGGAAGCAAUAUACGGCUUUGGGGGCAUUGGAUUUUCUUUAUCUUUGGGUUCUGUACUUGGGGAAGGGAAUUGGGACAUGGCCGUUGAGUGGGGGGUGCAUUGAGAGAUGUUUUUUGUGAGAAAGAGGAGCACUUGAUAAAGCUUUGUUUGCUCGGUAAUGGGUAAAUGGGUAAUGGGUAAAUAUUCGCUGUCAUGCCACGGAGGUUUAGAACGCUGGAAAUCCGGUUGUUAGUGUAGGGGAGGGGGCCUGGGCAGGGGCCAAUAAGGUUGGCAUGUGUCUGUGUCUGGUAUCUCCCACUUCCUCUGUUUUUCUUUCUUUUUUUCUGUUUAUUAGUCUCGCACGUCUGUGACGUCCUGUCAUGUUUGUUCAGAACUCAACAAUGAACUAAUCUUUCCUGUUUCCUAAACAGGGUACAUUUUGCUUUCCCAUCUGUUUUGUUACGGGGACAUAGCAAAUGUGGGGCAACUGUGCUGCUGCUGCCUGUUAGCCUUUGGGCUACAUGCUAAGGCGCCUGGUCCUUAGCGAAUCCGGUUGGUAACUGAAUCCGUUGGCGGUGGUUGGUAGCUCCUGAUGGCGCUGAUGUGUUUCAGCGAUGACGUCUUGAGUUUCGCUGUCCGUCAGCGCUCUUGAGAAAGAGUUAUUCGCACACAUGCCUUGAGGUUUAUAACCUGGGACGAAAAGUAAGAUGAGGACGUGUAUGCGGGCGACUUCUUCCUAGCCGUCCCGUUGGUGUGAUGCCUGAUUGUGUGCGAUGACCCGUUGGUGUUAGAUUUAUCCGUGUUGUUUGAAUCCUUGUUUAGUAAAUUGCGAGUUGGUAUGCCAGACUGGCACAGCCAUCCAUCCAGUUUUAUGGUAGCAUUGCAAGAGGCCUGGCGGGUAUGUGGCGUUAGACUUCUAAGCGGGUUUAGGCCGGUAUGGGUAGAUGCUACGGGCUUGUUUGACUCUACAAUUUGUAUGGCUAUUAACGCAUGUCAGAGAUGGGCUUUUGCUGAAAGAGAGGGGUUUGUUCAUGCCAAACAGCACAAGAUACGAGUUGCUGUGUCUAGCUGUGUCAAUUCUACUUUGGGCCGCUUUGGAGCUAUAGGCGUGCCAUUACAACGGUUGCUUGUGUGCCGUUAAGUUCUUUUUCCUGGAUUCCUGUUGAAGUACGGCGAGGCGCGUCGAGGCACGGCCUGCAUAACUAUACAUGCCCACUUGGCACUUGGUACAUACUUGCUGUUGCACGUCAUCCGUACGGCGCCCGUUUUGAUCUACAUGAUCCAUACACUAAUGGGACCUCCUUGCUUGGCGUGUGUUCUCCACAUCUCGAAAUGGCCUCAUUUCACUUUUCACUUGUUUCUGAGGGGUAUAGCCGCCAUGCCACGGCUUACUUAUACGUUUGGGCGGGACUGCGUCACGGGGCGCAUACGUCCCUUGUUUGUAAUAGGAUCGUCAUUACGAUUGAAGAGAUGAACUGUCAAAGGAUUGCGAGCGUGCCUUAUCUGCUGACCGCCUUUUUCUGUUGACACUGGUCUCACUAGUUCCUCUUGUAAGUGGCGCCGGCCGCCCACCACUGUUGGCGUCAUGGUGUUCCUAGCGUUAUUAUAAUCUUGUGCCAAAUUCUUGGUUUCCUGGUGUUACAGGUUUUCAAUACACGGUUUGGUUACUCGGGUUACAUUGUCUGGGCUGGCCCAUGGGUCGGUGUGCCCCAAAUUACCGUUGUCGCCCUCUGUUGCUGGUACUCCAUUGUUCUCAUUUGUUGGUGACUGCCCCCCAAACGAUGGUCUUACAAGCCUUGUCUCGUUUACUUCUUCUUCACUUCUUCAUUGGUUUCCUUGCACCGGCCCUCCUGGUGCCGAAACUUUAACAUUCUCUUGAAUACUUUCUCAGAGAUGAGACGUCGGGAGAUCUACUCGCUGGCAAAGCGUUUACCUGUGUACGGUCCUGUCCUUGUGACGACGGCGCGGCUGAAACCAAGCCAACUGUUUUACAAGGUGUACUGAAAUAGCCGACGAUAGCUGAGAUGCUUUGGGACGCUCCCGUAACGGGUAGCUAGGUUGACUUGAAGCCACGCGAUGCAACAUAGGCACAGUUGUGUGGCAUGUUCCGUAACUGGCAUGAUGAAUUACCUGCGCAAGGCCCUUUCGGGUUCGUUGCCUGUUUUAGACAUACCGACGGUUAUUUAUGUGCACUGGGUUCCUGGGAGGCUUUACAUUGGGAGUGUGUUGAGAGAGGAGAGAGACAGGGUGCGUGAUGAUACCAGUGACGCACCUUUCACUCUAGGCCGGAAGGCAGAACUUGAAACACAGGACGUUGGCGAUGUUGGCUGGUAGGCAGACAAGGGUCAAUCGUGACGUUUGUCCUCAGGACUGGGAGUUUUGUAGCCCAAGGAGUUUAUGCAUUCCUAGGCUGCUAGGAAUGAGCGGCGGUGAGCUUUGCUUAAUUACUUAGCGGCGUUAUCUGGGUGCAACUACACAGAUGGUAUGAUUGGAGACAGGAUUUCCCCUCGCUUACUACUCAACAGAUUGCGGGAUUCAAUUCUUGUGCUGUUCGUCCGAGUUGGUCAGUCGGUUAUUUAGGUUACUCAUGUGGUUGGUGAUCACAGGGAAAUGCGGGGGCCCAGAGUACGGCAUGGAGUUGUACGGAAGGUCGUUUCGUACGGGCAAAACAGGAAACGGUUGGAUCCACGAAGUGGGGUUGUACGACAGCUAUGGCAGAAACGCCUUUGCUGGUAUGGGGGACUGUAGCUGCUGACAUACAUUGCCCAUCCAGAUGUUACAUGUAGACGUUGCAUCAGAUGGCACACUGUUGUUUGACCCAGAACACCAACCCUCUACCGGUACUUCGUCGCCUGAUAUCUUGUCCAAUGUAACAAACUGUACGA